AUGGCUCCCCUUUACAAGGCCGCAGCAGCAUUCUGCCUCGUCGGUCUGAGUUGGCUCCAGUCCGGGGCUAACGCAAGUACAAAGUAUAAAUUUGAGGUGGCAGAACUAGACGAAGACGCCUACUUGACGGUCAAGCUUGUUCGUAAUGGGAAAAUUUCAUCUAAGACCAAUGGAGUCGAAAAGGAUGACCAGCUUGCCACCACUUUGCAGGGAAAAGUAGAAUCCGAACACGAGGACGAGCAGCCGACGUGCGCGUCAUUGAUAACAGCCGAACAUAAGAAGAUCUUCUAUCACACUUUCGAUUACGAAGCUUCCCCAGAUUACCGUAAACUGUUCCAGGAGGCCCUCAAAACCGGGCUGGACGCAAUCGGCACAACAUAUCCGACAGCAUGGCAAGAUAUAUGGACGAAGGAAAACGCUCGCAACCUGUUGCACCUUCUCGGAGCCAGCAGCACUAAAGUCGGCUGCGUCCUUGCAAAUUGCGUCAAAAAAGAUGAACCUUUGCCGCACGCCAAGUCAGACCCAGAAGCACCAACAAAGUCUGUGCUUUUCUGUGAAUUAGCUCCUCCAGCAACAGCGAACGAUGCCGCCUUCAGCGAGGAGUACUUCAACGAGCUUAUUGCACGAAAAGAUGAAUUAAAAAGCAUGACGGAAGAAGAUCUGAAGGACCCGAUUGUAACCAGCUCUGCAGAUGUUGCCGUUCCCAGCAUUCUGACUGCCGGUUUGGUCGCCAUCCUGGCGGCUAUCUCUGCCUAG